AUGAAUCUAACCAUAGCAGACUGGUCGCUGCUUCCAAAAGACAUAUUGGAACUAAUUUCUGGUCGUUUCGAGACAUGUUUUGAGAUUAUCCACAUCCGAUCUGUAUGCAGCUCGUGGUGGUCUGCUCUGCCUCAACAAAGUUAUCUCAGCCGCUUAGGGAAAAAAGCUGGACUCAAACAUAUAUGGGCUUUACGGGUCUCGGGCCGGGCCGGGUCAGCUGGAUUGACACCCCUAUCUGGGCCUAACCCAUCUUGGUCUCCUUUGCUAUUUUCGUCUGGCCCAAUAACGCCUAAUGUUGUGUGUUUGUCAAACCCAAUUAACAACAAGAUUCCAGUUUUCCUCUUGAGAGUUGAGACCCCUGUUGGUGAUGAUUAUUUGUUGGCAAGUAUGAGCGAGCAAAUAUCCGGUAAACAAAGGUUGUUGUCGCCGUUAGAAACUACUCAUAGGUAUACAUACGGAGUAACUCUCGACACUCUUAGUUCCCAAGUCAUCUCCUUGGGUCAUUACUACAAGGUAGAAUUCUAUGCUAUAACAAUGAGACGCUAUAGAACACGACGUGAGAGUUAUUGCAAGAGAGUUGCAUUUCUUCGAAUGGAUAGUGAAGACACAUAUAGAGAUAUAGUUUCAUUCAAAGGCAAGUUUUAUGUUGUUGAUAUGAGUGGACUGGGACAUGUCUUUGUUAUCGAAUCCUCAUUCAAAAAUACGGAGAUCAGUUCAGUCACACAGUCUCAUGAGACUUUUGAUGAGAGAUUGGUUGUCUCAGAAGACGAGUUGUUCCUAGUACAAUGGUUUACGUCAGGAAGGUAUGGUGCAUACAUGGUUCAGAUUGUUUAG